AUGCCUGUUGCUCUGGUCAUUUGUAAUGACAUAAUGGCCUAUGUGUUUGGGUUUUUCUUCGGUAAAACUCCUCUCAUCAAAUUGUCUCCGAAAAAGACCUGGGAGGGCUUCAUUGGUGGCGGACUUGCCACGAUUCUGUUCGGCUUCUUCUUCUCCCUGAUUCUACUUCGCUAUGACUAUUUUGUUUGUCCGUUGGAAUGGGAUGAUACUAUUGGAGCCCUGACAACCAGUUGUACUCGAAAUCCGGUAUUUAUACCACGAACGUACAAUGUUUCCAAGUGGCU